AGGAAGAGGGCGCGAGUCCCUACCGUGAUUGGACAAAGUACCACAUGGGUGAACUCGUCAUACCCGGAAGAAUGACAAAUGUUAAUUGUUACUAACAAUUUAAGGUAUCUUAAUGCAAAGAAGAUACGAACGUUGGCUGGACCAAAAUGGCUUCCUACUUUGAUGAACACGACUGUGAGCCCACCAACCCUGAGGAACAGUAUCGACAGAAUGCACUACUUGAACUGGCCAGGUCUUUAAUGCAGGGCUUGGACUUACUUGACUCAGGGACGUUUGACUUGUCGGACUGGGACCAACGUCUUCCGCCUCCGGCUGCCAAAACGGCUGUUCAGACCCUCACCGUGGUCAUCAUUUCUCCAGAGCAAGCAGACAAAGGUCUCAAGUGUCCCGUUUGUUUGCUGGAGUUCGAGGAACAAGAAACGGUUCGAGAAAUGCCUUGCAAACACCUUUUCCACUCAGGAUGUAUACUGCCAUGGCUGGGCAAGACCAACUCCUGUCCGCUCUGCCGAUUUGAGUUACCAACUGACAAUCCAGAGUAUGAGGAGUUUAAAAAAGACAAGGAGAGAAGAAAACAGAGGGAACACAGGCUGGAGGACCUACAUGGAUCCAUGUACACAUGACACGUCAUGUACACGUCCCUGAGUGCUGUGAUGCAAGUCUGUUGCACAGUGACAUUUUACAGAGAAUUAUGGAAAAAAAAAAAAAGAAGUACAUAAUGCUGCAUUUAUGCCAUUUGUUACAGAAUGUCAGUAUAAAAAUGCAAUGGGGGGGAUAAAACGUCCAUGUCAGCCUGAUUCUUGUAAUUAUGAGAAAUAUCUGGAACGAAUGACUUUGACAAUAUCUCCCCGUUGGCAAAAAGUACUAUCAAGAACUUGUUGGCAAAAUGGCUGCAGAGCCAACUUCACUGGCAGCUCCUCCUAAACAAAAUCCAAUAUUACAAAUAUGUAACACAAUAAAAAUAACUAGUUUAGACAUUUCCAUUUAUCCAUUGUGACCAUAAGGCUGGCAGUGGGGGUAGCCAUGUUGGAAUAAUGUGAGAGCGCUCCCGUUUGGGUAUCGGAGGGUUUUCCUGUUCUUUCCAUUCAGUAGACAUGGCGUGACUGCAGCAUAAGCAAUGAGGUCGUUGAAAAUGCUUCUCUCUGAGUUGGGUAAAUGCUCUUUCCUCAUUAGUUAGGAUGAAUAUCGAGACGAAUACGCUGUUGACAGCAACAUUAAGAAAUCUGAAGUGUUUCAGUUCAGUCUCUUCGUUCCUUUUUUACAGAAAUGUAUCAGCUUUAAAUGCAAAAAAAACAACCUGUUCUGCUGUAUUUGUCUAAUGAAUAUGAACUAUUUAAAUAAUUAUAUAUAUUCAUCAGUUA